AAAGUCGCAGUUUGCGGCAACAAACCCAGGAAACUUAUUGAUAAAUGGGGGGGGGGGUGGUUUUCAGAAAAUAGUUAGGAUUCCGAUAAAAAUCCCCCUAAAAGUCACCUGGGAAUACCAUGACCUGUAUGAAAUGACUUGGAGCUGGAGCCUUUAUAGUGUGUCAUGGAGACUUACCAUAUCCUUAUGUUGUACAAUAGGGGGUACUUUAUUCUAAACAAACGCAAUCAAAUAAUUAGGCUGAUUGUAAAAGAGAUUUAUUAAUCAUUAUACACUACAUUUUCUUUCUUAGAACAGCAACAUUAUGAUAUGACGCAAUGUAGCAACGUCACAGGCACGUGUCUGACAACUUUCCCGCACAGUAUGACGUCAGUCUACGCAGUCGCAGACAGAGGGAAAUAUGUCAGAUAAAGGCCAGAGCUUGAGUAGAACGGUUUUCUGCAUGUGUAUGUAGUAAGAAGCUCAGUUCCACACUACUCAUGUAACAUAUCAGCAGCAUUCACACAAUAGUAAACGCUUCACUGAGUUCCAUCAGUAGUUGUUUGUCGCUCUGCCCACUGGCGCACUUUCCCAUCCCAAACGAAACCGCCACAGAACGUCGCCUCCUCUGAUUGGUUUUCACGCAGGCGGCGCGGAGGGUUACCUGUACCGCAGGACCAAUAGGAGUAGCGCGACGGACGACCUGUUAUAGGUACAGAGCGAUGACACUGGGCACCGUUGCUAGGGUAUGACGUCACUUCAACUGGUGGCGGAGGUUUCCGCGCAGUUAUUCGCCGCUGGGUUUCACACGCUGUGGGGCAAUGAGCUGGACACUUGCGCUCCUACCUGCUGUCCUAAUAAUGUACCGUGGAAGGUGUGAGAGCUUUCAUGGAGUUGACAAGUGGGCGUUUUAGGGACAUUUAAAUGGAUGAAAGACAACCAGUUUUGCCUCUUACUGUUCAUCUCCUUGCCAACUCAGGUGAUUCACUUGCCUUUCAACUUGCUGUUGAUCGUCUUCUCCACAGGAUAUGCUCAGAUGUCCCGUUGUUUCUUGUGUCGGAACGGGCUGCUCCCAUUAAGCUGUAUGAGUGCCAAAAGAAAAGGAGCGAAUUCCCAGGAAUAUCAGUGACACUGUUCCUGCGUGAGGACUUGGGGGAGGAAAGGAUUGAUCUCCUGCAAAGUUUUUUCCAGCUACCUCCAUGGGCUCACAUAAUCACAGACUUCCAGGAAGGAAGAUCCUGCCCUGUUAAACUGCCGCUUUGUGAUUAUUAUAGUCUGGAUACACACAUGCCUGUGUGGGAAAUAAGGCAUGUCCAUUACGGCACAGAAAUUGUGAGACUUACUGUGUAUUGUAGCUGUGAUAACUAUGAAGAUGCCGUAAGGCUGUAUGAAACAAUCCUGCAGAAGGAGGCAACGAGCCAAAAAGCUGGAUUUUGUUUCUUUGUACUGUAUUCUACAAGUCAUGUGUCUGUUCAGCUUUCCCUAAAGCAGCUGCACCCAGGGAUAUCUGUGCAAGUUAAGGAUGCGUGUGCUCUGCAGUUUGCUGUUCAUGCAGUGGGACAACUGGUUCCUCUACUGCCCUAUCCUUGUGUGCCCAUCAGUGAUACCAGGUGGCAAACUCAAGAUUAUGAUGGGAACAAAAUCCUCCUUCUGGUUGUCGGCAACACUACAGCAACAGAAGUUAAGACUGAAAGCAAAGCCGCCAGUACACUAAUGGUGAAUCCUAAUAGCUCAUCAUUACUGUUCAGCUCUCUGAAUAGAAGUAUGGAAGCGCAAGUGCAGACUGCAAAAGACAGCAUUAUCCCUAAAAAUGUCUGUGUGCCUUGCAACUCCUUGGAUCAAAGUGAAACCGUAUACAAUAACAUCAGUCCCUCACAGAAAAUGAUGACAACACACGGUGUUCAAAUGAAAGAAACCGAGAGUAAUGUGGAUACUGGAUAUACAGUUGUCAGCCUGACAAGUCAGCAGGCUUAUAUGUGUGAGCUUUUAGAGGAUAAGCAGCGUUCUCCUGCUUCAGAAGAUAUCUACUUUUCCACUUCAAAAAGCAAAAGUCCCCAGAAUAUGUCCUAUAAACAGUCUUUAUCCUCUGAUGUGGCCAAAGGUGGUAAAGCAUUUGGCAUGGCAGAAAACAUGUUUCAUGUUGAGAGAGACCAGAUACACAACAGCAAUAUAUAUAUAAGUGAAGAAGAAGAGUUUUUUAUUUGACUUAAUCUAAUUUAGAAUCAACUUUGCUUUUUUUUGGAAGUAGAUGUUUCAUGUUUAUACUAGGCCAUACUAAACCUCAGUGACUAAAUGAGGGCAUCACAGUAUUGGUCCUUACGAAAGUGCUCUGUAUAAUAUUCACUUGGAUGUACCAUAGCAAUACCUGUGCAGGAGAAUUUCUAUUUCACAUCACUACUGAAGAAUAGAGAUGGGCGAAUAAGUUUGCCAGGCAUGGAUUCGGACGAAUUUCCUCAUUUCGCCAUCUGCGAAUUGUUUCGCGAAACUGCUGCGAGAAUUUGCCGGCGGAAAAAAAUCACUGCAACAAAAAAGUGUAAAAAUUGCCGCGUGUCAAAAUAAUUUUUACGCCCAUUGACUUUAAUGCAUUUGGACAAAAAAAGUCACGCAAUUUUUUUUGGAGUUUCACAAAUUUUUCAGUAGAGCAAAAUGGGACAGAUUCACCCAUCACUACUGAAGAAGAGUUCAUACAGAAAUAAAUAAGACCGACAUUUCAACACCUGUAUAAUGUUAGGUUUCCACCUAUUUAUAAAGUAUUUCUACUGUCACAUA